AUGUUGUACGUCCCAUCGCUGCUGAAGGAUGACCUCUCAACUAGUCCUCAGCUGUUUAAUUCCAUGAGCCCUUAUGAUGUAGACCUUCCAAUUCAAACAACUGAAGAUGUGUUGUUCAGUUCUCAAUUUAAUCAGUCCAAAGAGCUUCCUGCAGACUUCUCCUCUGUGGAUCUCAGCUUUCUUCCAGAUAUUACUCAAGAUAACAAAGAACAAAAUCUGUCUGAAGAUAGUCAUGAAAUGCAAAAAGAGCUUGAUGGCUCAGUACCAAGAAAUGAGGACAGUGGUAUCUUUGUGGAUGAAAGCAGCUUGUCAUAUCCAGAUGCCGCUCAGCCAUCUCCUGAAGCAUCUGACGUGUGUCCUCCUCUGACACCGAUGACUCCUAUGACUCCGGUGACACCUGCAUCAGAAAGCUCUGGCAUAGUUCCUCAGUUACAGAAUAUAGUGUCAACUGUAAAUUUGGCUUGUAAACUAGAUCUGAAGAACAUAGCUCUGCACGCCAGAAAUGCAGAGUAUAACCCAAAGAGGUUUGCUGCUGUGAUCAUGAGAAUCAGGGAACCACGAACAACAGCUCUCAUCUUCAGUUCAGGAAAAAUGGUCUGCACAGGAGCAAAAAGUGAAGAGCAAUCACGGCUCGCAGCCAGGAAGUAUGCACGCGUGGUGCAGAAGCUUGGGUUCCCUGCCAAGUUCCUGGACUUCAAGAUACAGAAUAUGGUUGGGAGCUGUGAUGUGAGGUUCCCCAUCCGGCUGGAAGGCUUGGUUCUCACUCACCAGCAGUUCAGCAGCUAUGAACCUGAACUAUUUCCCGGCCUUAUUUAUAGGAUGGUCAAACCAAGGAUAGUGCUGCUUAUCUUUGUGUCUGGAAAAGUUGUACUGACUGGAGCAAAAGAGCGUUCUGAAAUCUAUGAGGCAUUUGAGAACAUCUACCCCAUUCUAAAAGGUUUCAAGAAAGCAUCAUAA